CCAAAGCCAAGAAGAGCCCUCUUUCCCGUAUUUUCUCGUCUCCUCGGUUCCAUUUCUCCUCCAUCAGAGCGCGCGACCAGACCAGGCAAAUGGCGGGAAAAGGUGGGAAGGGACUUUUGGCGGGAAAGACCACUGCUGCCAACAAAGACAAGGACAAGAAGAAGCCAGUCUCCCGGUCCUCUCGAGCUGGUCUCCAGUUUCCAGUGGGCCGAAUUCAUCGUCAUCUGAAGUCAAGGAUUGCUGCCAAUGGUCGUGUUGGUGCCACAGCUGCAGUCUACUCUGCAGCCAUCCUUGAGUACUUAACAGCAGAGGUCCUAGAAUUGGCGGGAAAUGCAAGCAAGGAUCUUAAGGUUAAGCGUAUCACUCCAAGGCAUCUGCAACUCGCUAUCAGGGGGGAUGAGGAGCUUGACACACUGAUCAAGGGCACAAUUGCAGGUGGUGGUGUGAUUCCGCACAUCCACAAGUCUCUCAUUAACAAAUCCUCGAAGGAUUGAAAAUAUCUAGCUUAGGUUUCUUAACCCCAUCUUCUUGUAGGUUUCUUACUCCCACUUUUAUCCAUUAAACAUGGCAUUGGAUGUAAGUGUUUUGGUGGGCUUUCUUGGGCUCAGAUUAUUGUUAUUUUUAUGAUUUGUGUAGAAUUGAUUUGGUAGGAUUUGUCAGGGUUCUCAAUUUACUCUAAUUAUUGAUUUGCUGAUAGAUUCUCUAAUUUGAACCGGUAGCUUGUUUUAGAGCAGGGAAACUGAAAAGAUUGUUUGAUCAUUUUACUUUACCUUGUGUCCUGCCUU